GCAGCGCUGCCUGCCGCCUCCCGCGGCCGGCGCUCGACGCGCGCUGCCUGGCGCCGCCCGGGCCGCCGCCGCCAUGGCCACGGAGGACGAGAUCAUCCGCAUCGCCAAGAAGAUGGACAAGAUGGUGCAGAAGAAGAACGCGGCUGGAGCUCUUGAUUUGUUGAAGGAGCUUAAGAAUAUUCCCAUGACCCUUGAGUUACUACAGUCUACCAGAAUUGGAAUGUCAGUGAAUGCAAUACGCAAGCAAAGCACAGAUGAAGAGGUUACAUCUUUAGCAAAAUCUCUUAUCAAGUCUUGGAAGAAGCUGUUAGAUGGACCUUCAACUGAUAAAGAUUCUGAAGAAAAGAAAAAGGAGCCUGCAUCUUCCUCACAAAACAGCCCUGAUGCCAGAGAAGAAAGCAGUUCAAGUAGCAAUUCCAGCAGCAGGAAGGAGGAGGGUAGUGCUCCCUCAAAUUCUUUCAUCCCAUCUUUUCCCCGGGCUCCAAGCACUUCAGAUUCUGUACGAGUGAAAUGUAGAGAAAUGCUCUCUGCAGCUCUCAGAACAGGAGAUGAUUACAUUGCUAUUGGUGCUGAUGAAGAAGAGCUGGGUUCUCAGAUUGAAGAAGCUAUUUUUCAAGAAUUAAAAAACACUGAUAUGAAAUACAAAAACAGGGUACGAAGUAGGAUAGCGAAUCUCAAGGAUGCAAAGAACCCUAACCUAAGGAAAAAUGUAUUAUGUGGAAACAUUCCUCCUGACAAGUUUGCCAAAAUGACAGCAGAGGAAAUGGCAAGUGAUGAGCUGAAAGAAAUGCGCAAGAAUCUGACCAAAGAAGCUAUCAGAGAGCACCAGAUGGCUAAAACAGGAGGUACUCAAACUGAUCUGUUUACGUGUGGCAAGUGCAAAAAGAAGAACUGUACAUACACCCAGGUUCAAACCCGCAGUGCUGAUGAACCCAUGACAACAUUUGUUGUCUGUAAUGAAUGUGGAAACAGAUGGAAGGUAAGACUGUUAGACUGCUCUGCAUAUUUGAUAGCAGGCAGCCUGCCUCUGUGGUUAAUUUGGGUUUACAGUAAAUGUGACAAAUCACUUUCUGUUGACUUUUAGUUACUUCUUAACCCAUUAAUGAUAUUACAUGUUGAGAUUGCAAAAUUGUUUUAAAUUAGAAAUGUAUUUUAGAAUGAAGGUGUGAGAUCUCUCAAGAAGAUUGGUGGCAAAGGGAGAGAGAAGUCAGGACUUAGUCCUUGUGACAUUUAGUUACAAUACUGCUUUGCCAUGCAAAGUGGUGAAAAGCUAGUCACUGUGUUUUCAUUUUCUUCACCCAAAGUUCUUUUAACUGGUUUUAAUCUCUGCAUUGGUGAGUGUAACAGACCUUUUUUAGACCUUUUGUUGUUAUUGUUUUUUCUGUUUUUUUGCUAUUCUGAAAAGAAGAAGUAAUAAAAAAGAGAGAUGACUUAUGCUAUAUUCCUGUGCCAGGAUAAGUGUAGAGCAGUGAUAACUUGAUUGAAUCUUUUUUUUAAGUUUGGGAAACAAGAAUUUAUAAAGAUUCUGAGAAACACUGGUAGUUCAAUAAAAUGGAGAAACACUGAAACAUGAAAGCUUGUAAAAUUUACAGUUGAAGGUGUGAUCACAUGCCAUAGGAGGCAUGAUAACCUCAUUCUGGUUUUUUUCCUAUGUUCAGAAUGCUGCAGCUCUGCGGGGCCAUGCCAUGGUAUACAUUGAGACUACCACAUAAAAAAAAAUUUCUGUAUCUUGGUUUACAUAGCUUAUUGCUGAAUAUUGUUAAUAUAUGGGCUCUAAAGAUAUCUAAAUAAUAGAUAUUUAGAUAGAUAAAUAAUAAUAAAUAUCAAAUAAUAAGCUAAUAGAUUUAGAUAUCUAAAUAAUAUAUAAAGCUUAGAAAUUGUUUGAUGGAAUUGUUUGCAGUACCUGAAAAAGUAUAUUUGUCCUUAAAACCUUUUGUAAGGUGGCAGUUACAGAAAUGUUGGUAUACAGAUGCCUGAAGGAAUGGAUAAAAUAUAAGCAAAUGCUAUAAUUAGUAAUUUCCAUAUCCUAAGUCUGGUGUUGUAUUUCUGUUUCUUCUUGCAGAGAUUUAG